AUGCUCGCUGGUAUCUCUAUUAUAGAUGUGCAAGCGUCCCCAACCUUGGAAGGAACGAAAUACCGAGGCCUACACGCCACCGAGGAAAGGCUGCGAGCGUUCGACACAAUAUGGGCUGGCAUUGCGUUGCCAGAGACGCUGCCUGCCCGAGUACCAGAAGUCGACCAGAAGGUUCUUCCGGCGCAUGCUCAUAUCGAAGACCGAAACGGUGCGGGCAUGGAGCCUAUCCAACCCUCGUCUCCUCCCCCGUCGCCUGCGCUGCCGCGAAAGCGCCAGCGGAUGGGGGCCGUCAACGCAACCAUCACACUCUCAUCAGAUGUCCAGAACGAAGACCACACCGAACCAGAGCCGAGGGCCGACGACUACAUCAAAGUCGUCUGCGCAUAA